AUCAGCAUAACCGACCUGCCCAACGCCCAGCGCGCCAAGCACCUCGCCGAAAACACAGAGAACAGCACGCCCUUCGUGCAGAGCGGCCGCGUCGUCCUCGCGGGCGGCGUCCUCCGCGACGGAGUCGUCUCCAGCCAGGCCGACGCCAGGCAAAAGGUCAAGGGGUCGCUCAUGAUCGCCUCUGCUGAGACGGCGGAGGAGCUCUGGGACUUCAUCCGCAAGGACAUCUUUUGGACGUCGAGAGAGGUGAUAAGUUUCGAG